AUGGCCGAUAUUCACAUUUAUUUUGGUUCCCAAUCUGGCACAGCCGAAAGCUUCAGCGAAGAUCUCAAAGAAGAGGUGGAGCAAAAUGGAAUGACAGCAGAGGUGCAUGACUUGCAAAAUUUCACUCCCGAGGGAUUUGCAGAGACAGACAUUGCAGUCAUGGUUGUUGCAACUUAUGGAGAUGGGGAACCUUCAGACAACGCAGUUGCGUUCCACAAAUGGGUAAUGAACCCCAAACAUGAUGGAGCUUUGAAAGGGCAGCGCUUCACAGUGAUGGGUUUAGGUGAUAUGAAUUAUUCGCGCUUCAACAAUAUGGGACAGCUGACAGACCUCAAUUUGGAGCGCUUGGGGGCAACACGAAUUUACAAACGAGGAAUUGGGGACGACAGUCAAGAUAUUGUAGAGGAUUUUGAGAAGUGGAGGAAUGGCGGGCUCAUGGAGAAAUUGAAGGAGGCAGUCGAAGAAGUGAAGAAGGAAGGACCUCGUGCACCAAAGACAGCAAAGACAGAGAAUGGAAGCAACGGACGCAAUGGAAGCAAGGAAUCAACCUUGCCUUUUGGUACUCCAAAAUUGGAGUUGGCAAAAUCUGGUGCAGUUCUUCCAGCUGAAAGCUCUCAAGAGCCGACUGAUGUGAACGCACGAUUCUAUUUCGAAGCUGAGAAAACCAAGAUCGCAAAGGUGAAAGAAUUGCGGCAAUUACGAAGCCUUGAUGAGGGUCUUUCAACGAUGGAGGUGGAAAUCGAGGCAAGCGGAAGCCUGCAAGACUACACAACUGCUGGUACUCUUGCCUUACUGCCAAGAAACAGUUCGAUGGAUGUUGUUGCAAUGCUGCAGCUUUUUGGCCUGGCUGAAGUGGACCUCAGCAGGCAGCUGACCUUCAAAGCAGUAGAAGGUGAAGGCAUGCAGGUGAAGAAACCUUUUCCUACACCGUGCAGUCUUGGAGAUGCUCUUUUCAUGUACUGCGACCUUGCCCGGCCCCCAAACAAAAAGAUGCUGUCAGCAAUGCAGGAUAAGCUGACAGGUGAAGCAAAAGACUGCGUAGGCAAACUCUUGGCCGAUGCAGACGCAUUGAAGAUGUUGCAGUCCGAUGCUGCCUGUUGUCGUAUGCAUGAAUUUUGGGCGCUGAUGGGUGUCACAGGAAUCGAUUUGGGAGACUUCUUGCUGAGCUGUCCACGUCAGCGGCCUCGCGAAUACACAAUUGCUUCAUCUCCCGCCGCGGCUCCAAAACGAAUCACAUUGUGCGUCAGCCUCACUAGCCAUGAUGCAGACUUGAAAGAUUUUUCCGAGAAAUUGGUCUCAGCUGGUUGCCUACCGUCAGCUUCGUCUUCAGCGAAGGAGCUGCGGCGCAAGAGUCUGGGUGGCUGCAGGUUUCAGGGGCUUUGCUCUCGCUGGAUCUCUACGGACCUUCAAGAAGGUGACACGGUCCUUGCAAAGCAGCACUCCUCCACUUUGAAACUACCCAGCAAGGAUGUUCCGGUAGUCAUGGUUGGAGCUGGUGCUGGGAUUGCUCCAUUUCGUGGCUUUUGGGAGGAUUUGCGACGUGGCCCACAAGUGGCACCAGCGGCACUUUUCUUUGGCUGCCGAAAUCCGGAGCAGGACUGGCUGUUCAAAGAUGAAAUGAAUGCUGCAGUGAAGCUUGGUGGUGGUUGCGCUGCCCUGGCCAGAAUGCAGGUCGGUCCCAAGCGCCCUCUUGCGAGUCUCUUCACAGCCUUCUCACGACCCGGAGGUUCCAAAGAGAAGUGCUACAUUCAGGAUGCAAUUAAGCAGCAAGGAGCCUCUGUCAAGGCGUGGGUCCAGAACAUGGGCGGCCACGUGAUCAUCUGUGGAUCGACGGCAAUGGGCAACGGAGUGCUUGAUGCACUGUCAGAAGUGCUAGAAGGUGGAAAGGAAACAGUCGAAGCAUUGCGACGCGAAGGGCGUAUCAUCGCAGAAAUCAAGCUGCAAUCAGAAGAGGAAUCCAUUUGGUAUAGCAUGAGCCCCGAGCAGGUUGCAACGACCAAAAGCCAUAUGUAUCUUUUGAAUGUUGAUUUGUCCACAGCCCAGACUGGAGAAGUUCUGCUACGCUUGGUCAUUGUCGAUCUGGCACCAAGAGAAGUCUUGCUCUGGUCGCUCUGGUCGAAUUUCACCAUGACACCACAUGAGCAUAUGCCUAUCGAGAUCACUUCCAUUUUACUGGGUGGCGGUGGUGUUGCGAUCCUUGCAAUGUUGGGUCCUCGCACGACAAAUUUGGCAGCUCGGAAUACGGAGAGCCAUUGUCAGAAGGCUGUGACUGCACAAAGGAGCCGGCAUACCAAAGUGGAGCAAAAGGCACCCACGGUGUGGGGGCGCAGUGUUCCUGCUUUCGUGGCUCUUCUUGCUGCCCGGGGUACCCGAACCCGAUUGGUCCGAGCGGCGGCGAAUGAUCGGUUCGAGUUUAAUGAUCGCCUAUGGAAUCAGUUCCUUCGGAUUGCUCAGCCGUAUUUCCUUCCAUUUACGGAGAAGGAGGAGGAAGGUCCUGGCUUCCUUGCCCUGAUUGCAGCGUUGCUGAUCGGUGUGGUGGGUGGCACUUUCUUCCUUGCCUUGGCUGCUGGCUCUGCUGCCCAAGCACUUCUGCAAGUUCCUGAAGGUCUCACAGCGACCUUGACCUCAAUGACGCAGGCUCCUUUUGUGAUCGCUGCCGCGGUUGCUGUGAUGAUAGCGGCUGCAGCUUUCCUCAGCGGACGUCACCGCUUGGAGGGCCGGUGGCAACAGUGGGGUCUUCUUGCAUUGCUCCUAUUUCUGCUCUUCUGUGUGACUGGCUUGAAUGUCCUUUUGAGCUAUGUGUUUCGCACGAUUGACAAUGUUCUGGUAGCAAAGAAUGCAGCUGGUUUCUACGAACAACUAGGGGUAUUUGCUGGAGCACUUGUGGUGGCAGUACCUGUGAUUAGUGGAUACCGCUAUGUUCGGUUGACGCUGGGUCGAUACUGGCGGCAAGAUCUCACCGAGUUGUUCUUGGAGAAGUAUUUGUCGAAUCGAUCCUUUUACUUGCUUGACUCGAAUUCACAAAGCACUGACGCCGACAAUCCAGACCAACGUAUCUCCGAGGAUGUGAAUUAUUUCACCAAAGUCACCUUGGACUUUCUGUUGGAUGUGUUGGACAGUAUUUUGAACCUGAUCUCUUUCUCUGCCAUUCUUUGGUCAACUUCACAAACACUGACCGGAGCCCUUGCGAUUUAUGCACUUGUUGGGACCUACAUUGCAGUUUUCCUUGGAGGACGCUUGGUUGGUCUCAACUACCAACAGCUUCGUUUGCAGGCAGAUUUCCGCUACAGUUUGGUCCAUAUCAGGGAUAAUGCGGAAGCAAUAGCCUUCUACGGGGGCGAGAAGCGGGAGCAGGGCGAGGUCACCGGGAAACUGGAUGCAGCUUUGAGAAACUACGAUAGCUUGAUUACGUGGGAGACGGGGCUUUCCGCAUACCAGAAGGCUUUCUUCUACUUAGCACGGCUUGUCCCCUACUCUGUGCUUGGCGGGCUCUACUUCUCCGGGCAGGUAGACUUUGGAACCCUUGGCCAAGCACAGUUUGCCUUCAGCAUGGUCCUGGGUUCCGUGACCAUCAUCGUCUCGCGCAUACAGGAGAUUUCCCGCUUCUCGGCUGGUAUCUCCCGCCUGGGCGCCUUCUGGCAGGCUCUGGCACCUGACGUGCACACAGAGCAGCACAAAAUUCACACGACAGAAGGAUCCGGACUCCAACUGAAUAUGACGCUCUACACUCCAGAUGGAUCAAGGCUUUUGGUUGAGGGCCUCGAUGUAGCGCUUGCUAGCGCAGGGCCGCAGCGGAGACUUUUGGUUGUGGGCAGCUCUGGAGUUGGCAAAAGCUCAGUUCUGAGGGCGAUUGCUGGACUGUGGACGCGAGGGGAAGGCAGCAUCCUCCGACCAUCUGCAUCGGAGAUGCUCUUCCUUCCACAGAGGCCCUACAUGCCUCUGGGUGACUUGCGAACCCAGCUACUAUAUCCAUCAGAAGGCACGCUGGGACACGUGCCCGAUGAAGAUCUUCGAGAGAUACUUUCCCGGUUUGGCCUCGGUGACCUUCCUGAUCGUUUCGAAGGAGGCUUUGAGGCUGUACAGGAUUGGUCGAGGGUCUUGUCACUCGGGGAGCAGCAGAGACUGGCCGCUGCGCGCUGUCUCACAACGAGGCCUCGCUUGGUAGUUCUGGACGAGGCUACUAGCGCCCUGCCACUACCAGCUGAGCGCAUGGUGUAUGAAGAGUUCUCUGCGGAUGACCGCAUUGAAGGGUAUGUUUCGGUUGGACAUCGGGUCAGCUUGAGCCAGUAUCAUGAUGUCGUGUUGGAAUUACUGGGUGGUGGGAGCUGGAGAAUCCUGACACCGCAGGAGUACGAGGCAACUGCUGCUUUGAGAUAGGCUGCGAGAGGCAGCUGCUUCUGUGCGAUUAGACUGACACAAAUCAAACCUUCGGUGAAAAGUGAACAGACACGGUGCGGAGAAUGGAAAGAGAAAAA